AUGCCUGAAGCAUAUUUGUAUAAUUCAACUGAUCAGAAAGACAUCACUAAUGGCAAUGUGAGCUUGGGAGGCUUCAAUGGAUAUCUCAUAGUAAAUUUUCUGCGACACUUGAAUGGAACAAUGGAUAUAUUAUCAUUCGCGAAUCAUAGUGAUCUGAUGAUGAAUGCAAAGCGCUUAGCUGGCGGUAGAUAUAUUGACGCUGGUGCAAAUUUCGUAACUGAUCAAAGUAUGACAGAGUACACCUCCUUCAUCGGAGGUACAAGAUACUGCAUUGUCGUGCCUUCAGCAGAAAGGCUACCUUUGGAAGAUUACCCGAAGCAUUUAAUGCAUAUAUCAGUGCAUUUAUUUCUUUGCUUCGUCAUCCUUGUAAAUGUUAUGCUUAAAAGAAUUGCUUAUCCCAGAAUGUCAUUCACGGCGAUACUUUAUGCCAGUUUGAAAGUUUCAAUGAUGCAAGGAAUUAGUUGUAGAGAAUUUCGAAACUUGCGAUCGUCUGAUAAGUUACUGCAGGUCUUUAUACAUUUGUAUAACCUGUUAAUGACUAGCUUAAUCUGCAGUAAAUUUAUUAGAUUAUUUACUCUUGGAGUUUAUGAACCAGAGAUUGACGAUGUGCAAACACUUGUGCAAAGUGGACUUCGCAUUAUGAUUUUUGAUGAUGAACAUAUUCGUAUCUUUAAUGAUAUCGAAUUACCACGCAAUCUUUCAGAUCGCCUUCUUUUUGUGGACCGAAAAGAAUUCGAGAAACACUUUUUUGCCUUAAAUAGAAGCCUUGCAUACAUUGCUACCUCAGGGCACACCAUGCAACUGGAUUACGUUCAGGAGCAGCUAAGUCGACCCAAACUUCGAAUUGCAUCCUCGCAACUAUGCACAGUGUAUCAAAAUCUUAGACUACCGAUUCGUUACGAUAUGUCCACAACUUAUUUUGUGGACAGCUUUAUAAGAAGAGUUCAAGAAGCUGACUUAUUCGAUAAAUGGAUGAAAAUGACACUUUUACAUGCACGGAAGAUAGGAUUAGUUACUCAAGCCCCUUAUGAACCAUCCGAAAUGUUGCCCUUACCAUUAGCUUUAUUUGAAAACUUGUUCGUCAAAUUUUUCAUGGGCCUAACACUUAGCUUUAUUGUAUUUGUAAUUGAAUGUAUUCUUUCAUUUUGGAAAAAGAGACGAACUGCAAGAAAAUAUGGUAAAAAUCAUAAUGACAUCGCUUAAAUGAACUUUAAUCGCAGUUAUACCUAAUCAAAAUUUGUAAUCAUAAUCAUGAAUUUUAUGACACUUUAUUGCACUUAAAUAAA